UUUAUUUAGAAAAAGUAAAUGACCGGCAACAGAGUGAUGAAACUUUUUUUCCUUUUCGUCGGACUAGCAGUGUCCGUUGAGGGACAAGAGCCAGGAUGCCCCUUGUUGGAUAUGAUGUUUAAUGUAGACCAGAUGGCAAGGGGCGGUGAUGCGUAUGUGUAUGAUUUUUUUCAAGAUGAUGUAGUCAGUAUCUCAUGCUACAGCAACUUCAUUGUACCUUGGAUAAUAACGAGCGAGGAAACGAUGGCGGAUAUGAAAUGUAUGUACGACAAUGAUAUUAGUGAUUGGAGGUGGUCUCCUUGGGAUGCUGAUGAGAACGUACGAAAAACUUUCGACCAAAAUUGGAAAUUUGACAAAUCUCAAUCUUCAUGGGAGGCGUCCCAUUAUAUAUGCAAUGAGUGUAGUGAUGGUGCAGCGUGUAACAUGGGAUCCUGCUUUAUGAACAAAUGUGAAUGUGAAGGGUCCCUCAUCUCAGAUCUAGAAUAUCCAAGAGAGUGUUUCAAACAGCAGUGUCAAUCACCUGAAGUGUGUAAAAACGGUGCGUCUUGCGGGGAGAAUUAUAUGGGGGUUACCUGUUAUUGCGCAAAAGGGUUUGCGGGGAGUAAUUGUGAAGAGAUUAUAGACCCUUGUGAUGAUAACCCUUGCGAAAACGGAGGAAGGUGUACGACACUGGAGGACGGCAUAUCGUUCAAGUGUGAUUGUACCGGUACCGUGGAACCGGGCUACCACGGAGAUACGUGUCAAAUUGAAUUCGACCCUUGUGAUGAUACCCCUUGCGAAAACGGAGGAACGUGUACGAAACUGGAGGACGGCGUCUCGUCCAACUUACCCUUCAAGUGUGAUUGUACCAAUACCGUGGAACCGGGUUACCACGGAGAUUAUUGUCAAAUUAAAAACGACCCUUGUGAUGAUAACCCUUGCGAAAACGGAGGAACGUGUACGACACUGGAGGACGGCAUAUCGUUCAAGUGUGAUUGUUCCGGUACCGUGGAACCGGGCUACCACGGAGAUAAGUGUCAAACUGAAGACGCGAAAUGUCCUGGUGAUUCCGACUGUGGAAACGGGGGAAGCUGCGAUAUUAACCCAGACAAUCCCGCCCAGACAAUUUGCAAAUGCCCCGAAGGAACUACUGGAAUAAAGUGCCUGGAAUUUAUUUCAGAUCCUUGUUCAGCAAACCCCUGCCAAAACGAAGGAACAUGUGCACGUGACGAAAAUGAUUUCACCAAACACAAGUGUACCUGCGUAGGUGACUCAAGUGGGGACAACUGCGAAGUGGCAGCCGAGAGUCACGAAGCAGAGUAUAGCUCCGCUUCUGCCAAGACAUUCCUCAACCUUAUUGCUGCUCAAGUAAUCCUGUGUUUGGCUUUUUGAUGAGGCAUUGCAUUGUUUGCAGUCCUCUGGCCUCGCCAGCAUAAUUAUGCUCAGAGACCUCAUACAAGUUUAAUUACUACUACUAGUACUAAAUCAUUAUACGAUCAAGCGAUAUUUCUGGAGUUAAGUUUUGUUAUUUUAAGUUUUGUUAUUAUUUUGUGAGAAUGGGGAGCCAAAGUCUUGAGCUCUGCAAUUAUGAAUUAAUAUUAUAACUGAUUCGGUUGAUGAUUUUGACCAGCUUUAUGCUGACUCGAAAUGGAAAUUUUUCAAUCACCACAUGAUUUAGUGAGACAACAGCAGCUCAAUCUUUCUUGAAGCUGAACCUUAUUAAGUUUUAAUGUUAUUUUAGGUUUUAAUUUUAUUUUAAAUACAUACAU